UGUGCUGCAUUCAGGGCUCCGUGGCUGUCAGACUCUCCAUCUUCUCUUCUUCUUCUGUGUCUGUAGCAGGUUCUCGGUGUAUCGCUGUGAUGGACCGCUGGAAGAGCAGAGUGGCUCUGGUGACCGGAGCCUCGGUGGGGAUCGGGGCGGCCGUAGCCAAAGAGCUGGUCCGCUGUGGGAUGACGGUGGUGGGCUGUGCCAGGAACGUGGACAAAAUCAAGGAACUGGCAGCAGAGUGUAAAAACGCAGGCCACAGUGGUGUUUUGGUGCCUAUCAAAUGUGAUUUGACCAAAGAGGAGGACAUUCUGUCCAUGUUUGCAACCGUCAAAGUGCAGCACAAAGGCGUAGAUGUUUGCAUCAACAAUGCCGGAUUGUGUCAUCCAGAGCCGUUAUUAAGCGGUAAAACCAGCGGCUGGAGGAACAUGCUGGAUGUAAACGUUGUUGGGUUGUCCAUCUGCACACGUGAAGCGUACCAGUCGAUGAAAGAAAGAAAUGUUGAUGACGGGCACAUCAUCAACCUCAACAGCGUUGUUGGACAUUUCGUACCUCCUGUUAGUGAUGGACAUUUCUACGCUGGCACCAAGUUUGCAGUGACCACCCUGACUGAGGGCUUGAGGCAGGAGCUGCGUGAGGCCAAGAGCCACAUCCGGGCCACAAGUAUUUCUCCUGGUGUUGUGGAGACAGAAUUUGGUUAUCGUGUCUACAGCCAAGAACCAGAAAAGGUUAAAAUGCUGUACUCUCAACAUAAGAAUCUGUCUGGAGGGGAUAUUGCAGAAGCUGUUUUGUACAUCCUCAGUGCCCCUCCAAAUGUGCAGAUUGGAGAACUCAAGAUCACACCUGUGGAGUCUCCGUUCUAGUGAUGCACUAUGUGACAGCUGACAAAUUCUUCAUGUGAAUGUUUCACGACAGCUAUGAAAGUAAUAAUUUCAUAUCAUCCUGGACUCACUUUGGUCGUGGAAUUCAAACUGUAUUUUUUCUAAAUGAUGCUGCCACCACCAUGCUUCAUGGUGGUCACGGUGUGUUUGUGAUAAUGUGCAGUGUUUCAGUAUUUAUAUUGAAAUAAAUAACUGAAUAAAGCAGAACAGUGAAA